AAAUACCUAAAACCCUAAUUUUUCUCAGCUUCACUGCAAAUCCAAACCCUCUCAAAAAAAAAAAAAAAAAGCUUCUCUCUCUCUCUAUCUCUCGUGUUUACCGCCAAGAUGGGAAGACCCAAGAAGACGAGAGGAAUGAAGAAGCAGAUGCGUAUCAACGAACGCGAAGAAAUCGAACUCCUAGAGCAAUGGAUCGAAUCUCAGAAACCCGACUCAGGAUCCAACCCGCUCGCUCUCGGGCCUCUCCCGAAAGACGCCAAAAUCGGAAAGCUCGAAGACGGAGAAUUCUCGCGUUACGCCGGCGUCAGGAGGUUCGAUCAGUUACCCAUAUCGGACCUAACGAAAAGAGGGUUGAAAGCGGGUAAGUUCGUCGAUAUGCACGAUAUCCAGACAGCUGUUUUGCCUCACGCUUUAUGCGGAAGAGAUAUCCUCGGCGCGGCCAAGACUGGCUCCGGCAAAACUCUCGCCUUUGUUAUUCCGGUGCUGGAGAAGCUGCAUAAGGAGAGAUGGGGUCCUGAAGAUGGAGUUGGGUGUAUUAUUAUAUCUCCUACGAGGGAAUUAGCUGAUCAGACUUUUGAUGUGUUGAAUACAGUUGGGAAGUUUCAUAAGUUUAGUGCUGGGCUUUUGAUUGGUGGUCGUGAUUGUGUUGAUGUUGAGAAGGAGAGGGUUAAUGAGAUGAAUAUUUUGGUUUGUGCUCCCGGCAGGCUUUUACAGCAUAUGGAUGAGACUCCGAACUUUGAGUGUUCCAGUCUCAAGAUUUUGAUUUUAGAUGAGGCAGAUCGUGUUCUUGAUUCUGCAUUCAAAGGGCAGUUGGAUCCUAUCAUCUCGCAGUUGCCUAAGCGCAGGCAAACUUUGCUUUUCUCUGCGACUCAAACAAAGAAAGUUAAGGAUCUAGCAAGGCUCAGUUUGAGAGAUCCUGAGUACAUCAGUGUACAUGCAGAGUCUGUUACAGCUACCCCAACUACCUUAAAGCAGACUGUAAUGAUUGUCCCAGUUGAAAAGAAGUUGGACGUGUUAUGGAGCUUCAUCAAAUCUCAUCUUAACUACAGGAUUCUCGUUUUUCUUUCCACCAUAAAGCAGGUCAAAUUUGUUCAUGAAGCGUUUAACAAGCUCCGGCCUGGAAUACCUUUGAAGAGCCUUCACGGAAAAAUGAGUCAGGAAAAGAGGAUGGGAGUGUGCUCUCAGUUCAUUGAGAGACAAUCAGUUCUCUUCUGUACCGAUGUUCUUGCUAGAGGUCUUGAUUUUAAGAGUGUUGUCCACUGGGUUGUUCAGGUGGAUUGUCCUGAAGAUGUAGAUACUUAUAUUCACCGAGUUGGGCGUACAGCUCGUAACGGAGCUGAAGGGAAGGCGCUCCUCUUUCUGACACCUUCUGAGGAAAAAAUGGUUGAGAGAUUACACAAUGCUAAAAUUCCUGUAAAAGUCACCAAGGCAAACAGUGACAAGUUGCAGGAGGUUUCUAGACAAUUGGCUUCUUUGUUAGUCAAUUUUCCAGAUCUUCAAGCUGUUGCUCAGAGAGCCUUCAUCACAUAUCUGAGGUCCAUUCACAAAAGAAGAGAUAAGGAGAUUUUCGACGUGACGAAGCUGUCCAUUGAGGACUUCUCUGCUUCACUUGGUCUUCCGUUUACUCCUAGAAUCCGAUUCGCAAACCUUCAAACCAAGAAGAAAGGAGUCUCUAAAAGCUCAAUCGCACUUGAGCCUGAGAAUGAUGAUGAUGAGGAUGAUGUAGCACCUCGUCGGGUUGUGAAGAAAGAUCUUCUAGGUGAUGAUUUAGAGGAAGAGGAUUUUGCUCUCAGGCCAAAUGUAGAGGGCAAAGGAGGAGAAAAAUCAAACAAGGACGAACAAGUUCCCAUGCCAGGAACUCGGGUUUUGAAAAACAAGAAGCUGAAGAUCAGCCUGCACAGACCAAGUGGGUCCAGGGUUAAGUUUGAUGAGGAAGGUAAUCCCGUGGCUCCCUUAGCAAUAGUAGCUGCCUCAACUGAGACUGAAGUAGCCCUUGAUGAAGAGGCAAAGAAGGAUUACUUGAAGAAAGUGAGAGAGCAACUAAUAAAAGUGGAUAACGUGGACAAGAAAGUGGAGAGGGAAAAGAAGAGGGAGAAGAGAAUGAAAGCAAAGAUUAAGAGGAAGCAAGGAGACAUGGAGGAGGAGGAAGAAGAAGAAGGUGAUGAAGGCUCUGCAUCAUCAGAAGAAGAAAGAGGAAGAAAACACAAGAGAGCGAAGAAGAUGCACUUUGAUGAUAAUGGUAAUGGAGAUGAAGAAAAGGAAGGAGGGAAAAUCAACACAGAUUCUAUCUCAAUAGCUGAGCUUGAAGAAAUGGCUCUCAAAUUGAUAACGCAGUCAUGAAAAUCUCAUAUAGGAAACGUUUUCUCUGUCUAAGCUCCCUCAUUCGCUGAUUCGCCCAAGGAAGCGUUCAUUUUCUGAACCAAUGUGAUAAUUUCCGACAAGUUUUGUCUUUUCGUUCAAUCAAAUCGUGUUAGAAACAAUUAUUUAUAUAUUAACUUUUCUGUUGAACUAGAAAAAGUUUAUAAAAGAGUGAGCAG